AUGAAAUUGUCAAUGCGUUCUAUGUAUUGGUCUAUGUUUGAUUCACCACUAGGGAAAUAUGGCUACACUCUGAUGUUUUUGGACGAAGCUAAGGGAACCAUGCAAGGGAUCAUGUUGAUGUCCGGAAGUCUAGCUCGUACUCUCGGACCACUACUAGUGUCUUGGUUAUUUCAAGUUCACGGUCCUCUUCCUGUAUGGGGCAUAGAGUUGGGUACACUGGGCGCUACACUGCUGUUGUGGCUGAUCUUCUAUCGGCGACUUGUCCCGCUGAAAAUCCGCGAACUGAAGUGCGGUGAAUACAUGAAAUAUCCGGACGGAGUCAAGUAUCGCAUGUGA